GCACCAUCUGCCACUUCACAGGCUGCUGCUCCCAAUGGCCGUCAAACGCAAAGCUGUGGAGAGCGCGGCUGCAGACCCGCAGAAGAGGUCUCGCUUUGAAGAGACCACAGAGGACUGGCCUUCGGACGAUUCUGGCGACUACCAGGUCAAUUACACCGACAAUGGGACGCUGAGGGCUGACAGUGAGGCUCGUCGACAGUGGCACUAUGUGUGUGAGGUUGAGGGCUGCGGACAGCGUUUCAACCGGCCAUGUCGACUCGAAGCACACAUGCGAAGCCACAACAAGGAACGUCCGUUCGCCUGCACCGAGCCCGGCUGUGACAAGAACUUCCCUCGCAAAGACCACCUGCAGCGUCACGUGAAGAACGCCCACAACCCCGUCGCCGCACGAACCUUCACAUGUGCCUGGGAGGGAUGUGGGAAGAGCUUCACCUCCAACGGCCGGCUGCAGCGCCACCAGGACGUCCACGACUCAAAGUUCUAUUGCACCGACUACCCUCCAUGCAACCACGCCUUCCGCACCGAGAAAACGUUGACGGCACAUGUCAAGAGCGACCAUCUGGCAGUGAAGCCCUAUGCCUGCACUCUUGUCGACGCAGAGACUGGGGAGACGUGUACGCACGGGUACCAACAAGAAGCUGCUCUGCACCGACACAUAGCCAAGGCACACGCACCCAAGCCAGAAGGUGUACCAGACGCUGGCCACUUCUGCAUGAUCUGCAUACCCCCCGGGACCGAAACCGAGACCAUCCAGACUGAGACGGGCGAGACCACCACCAUCCCAAAGCAACCGCUGUCCUUUGCAUCCGCCGACGAGCUGGCGGCACACACUCUCGAAAGCCAUCCACCAGUAUGCUCCGAGUGCGGCCAAAAGUUCAAGAACCCCUGCACGCUCAAAUCGCACUUCGACACCGUACACGCCGAUCCCGCAGACCAGCCACGCUUCCCCUGCCCAAAGCCCGACUGCGACAACGUCUUCACGCGAAAGCACAACCUCACCGUGCACAUCCAAGCCGUGCACGACAAAAUGAUGAAAUACUUCUGCACCGCCGACUCGCAGCAAGCCUCCAAGCACGCCGACCUGCUAGCCUGGCACGGCGAAAACGCAUGCGGCGCCGCCUUCAAAGUAAAGUCCUCCCUCGACCAACACAUCCGAACACACCACCUGGGCCUGCAGAACCGCAAGGAAGCACGCCGAGCCGCCAAAUCAAAGAAGAAAACCGACCCCUCGAUGCUCACUCUGCUCACCGGCGUGGGCUACGAGAAAGGCCGAGACGUGCCCUGCUUGGUCGCCACGUGCGAAUACCGCUUCUACAUGGACCGCGAUCUGCGCCGCCACCUCCGCGCCGCGCACAAUAUGUCGGACGAAGAUGUCGACGAGCGCAUCGGCGAGCGCGACGCCCUUACCGGCGGCCAGUUCUGGAUCGGCGGCCUCGACGACCCUAUGUUCGAGUCCGUCGACCCCAGUAUGCCGCAGACGCCCACGCCGUACUUCACUGACGCGGGUAUGGCCGUGGACGCCCAACACAAGGCUGUGGACCCCCGUCUCGCUUUCUUCGACCAGUUGUUUGUCGCUGAGGACGCUGAUAUGGAUCGCGCUAUGGGACUGGAGGGCCUGGAGCCUGCGACGGAUGUACAGGCGGGGCUGGGCAUGGAGAUGCUGUACCCUGUUGAGCAGUAUAAUAUGGGACAUGCGCGUGAGCAGUUGUAGCGGAUAUGGAUUACGAUGGGACGAUUUUACGACGGUUAAAAGUGUUGUUAGGAUAGAUUUAUGUCCGAUAUGUAUGUAUCGAGGGUAUUUGUUGUAUGGUAGGUAUUUUACUCUAUAGGAAGUAGAGAGAUUGAUGAGCUCAUACUACUGGGUACCACUCUUUACCAACUUCUCUUCAUUUCUUCUCCAGAGGACUAUGAAUGAGAGGCUAAUCUUCAACCUGGAACAC